AUGUCCACAGACGGGCUUGCGCCUCCGGGCAGCAGCCAAUAUUCCUCCGGCACCAUGUACGUUGGUGAUGGUACAUGGGAUUCAGAGAGGAAUACCUUUCUGCUACCCAACCUUAUGGGCUUGAACUUUGACACCAUGCGCUAUAACGGCAUGGGGAACCGGUUCAAGGAGAUGGCAGGUUACAAACCGCUCAUUAUCGGCCAUGGAGUUGUCGCUGCAAUCACCUUUCUUGCCAUCGUCCCUGCGGCUAUUUUCAUGGCUCGAUUCUAUCACCGCAAUCCCCGUCUAGCUUUGCGCAUGCACAUAUGGCUGCAAAUCUUGACUGUGUUGUUGACGACAGUGGUAUUCAUGCUUGGGUAUUUCGCUGUGGGUCCGGAGAGGAGUCUUACGAAUCCGCAUCAUGGAAUUGGUACGGCCAUCUACGUCCUCAUCCUCGUGCAGGCCAUAGGCGGCGGCCUCAUUCAUCACAGAGAGAAGGGAAGAGAGCGGUUCAAAAUCCCCCUGAAGCUGAUGAUGCACCAAUGGCUGGGACGCGCGAUUGCCAUUCUUGGGUUUGUUCAAAUCCCGCUCGGUCUCACACUCUGGGGAUCUCCGAAAGUUCUCUUUGUGUUGUAUGCCAUUUGGGGAUUCGGUCUCCUUCUCUGUUACUUUUACUUGUCGUGGAAGAACUUGCCGGUGGGCGCGUUCGAUGAUGAUGGGACGUACAUCUCCGACUACACGGCCGUGACCGAGGAUAGACAGAGUCGCCGAAGCCACCGGCGUGACCUUGGCGCAUUAGCUGCUGCCGGUGCUGCAGGGGCCGGGCUGGCAGCGAUGCGGAGGAGAUCGCAGAGCAGAAGACGCUCUGAAGUUACCGAACAGCAAACCGUCCUCAGCUCGCGGCCUCCAACUUCGCACCACCGGCCUGGAUCCCGCCACGAUCAUGACGACGCUUAUCUCGACGAGAAGUAUUCCGAGGAUGGAGGCCGCCGUGGCCAUACGUGGCGCGAUCGAUUGCUAGGUGCUACUGCGGGCCUCGGUGCGUUCGCCGCCGUCAAGAGUCUUUUCAAUCGCAGGAAACCGGAAGAAGACAGCGUCGUCAGCAGCUACGUACCGCCUCCCGGAGGGGCAACUUCCGUCACACAGACGGACUUGAGUAGACUCGAGGAAGGCAGGGCUCCGGCUUCUCCUGGGAACGCUGCAGAUCGUUACAGACGCACUCAAGAGAGCGAGGUUGCAGAGGAUGCUGCUCUUUCGGGAAGCCCAAUGCGCAGACCUGGCCCCCGCACCAGGAGGAGCGGAGAUUCCAUUGACUCCUGGGACAGUCGGGAGAGCUUUGAGAGCAUUCGCGAUGAGCAGCACGGCGAUGGUCAUGGCGUCCGGAACACGCUCCUGGGGCUGGGCCUAUUUGGCUUCAUCAAGCACAAACUGGGCGAACGAAAGAAGCAGAAGGAGGAGGCGCAUGUGGAGGAGGUGCGACAGCAGGAUAUCGAAAACGAGCGGAUUGCGCGGAUGGGCAGCCACCGGCGGAAAUUUACAGGGGAUGGGGAAGCAGCCCCGAGCUGUCUCGCCACUCGUUCCAACGCCCUGGUCCGAUCACACCCACACGACCCACAAUGGAAAGCAGAAUCGAUGCGGUCGGUGAGGGCACACACCACGUAA